GUAGCUAUAAAUAUUACAUAGACUGAUCGGGAGUCUCUCAUGAAAAUUACAGAGAGGAAAGCCAUGGAGUCUCCUCUCGCUUUCUUGGCCAUUUUCUCGCUUCUCUUCUUGGCCAGUGUAGAGGCAAGAAAACACCCAGGAGAAGACUGGAGUAAGGGCCCAGCAACUUUGAGGGAGAAGCAGCCGACAGUGGUAGAAUCAGCUGAUUCUACAAUGAAUGAUCAGACAUCAACUCUCUACGUCACCAUUGCAGAAAACUGUGAAGAAGCAAAAGACAGCCCAGUUGUGGAGAGAGGGGCUUCAAAAGAAGAAGGGAUAAUCAACCUAUCUCCUUUUCUUGUUGGAGAAACAGCAGAGGAUAUGAGCAAGGAGCAGAUUAAUGAUUCAGUUGACUUUGACAAAGAUCUAGAUGGUCCUGCGGAGAAGUUCUGGUUCGUCUUCGACCCGAGGACUGAUGCCACCAUUUAUCAUGAGUAAGGCCUGGGAAGAGGGAGUCCUAUGUCCAUUAAUUAAUAGCAUGCGUGAAGGUGUUUGGUGUUUGUAUUAUUAGUAGAUCUGAGGCCUAGGAAGAGGAAGUCCUGUGUCCAUUAAUUAAUAGCAUGCGUGAAGGUGUUUGAUGUUUGUAUUAUUAGUAGAUCUGGUACGAAGAGUGAAAGGUUUCUCUCUUUGUUGAAUAUUUAAUAAAUGGUUGUGUGCAUGGUUUCUCCCUUCA